AUGGAAGGCAAGAAGUACGACAUCCUGCUGCUUGGCAGCACGGGCUACACGGGCCAAAUGGUAUUAGAAUAUUUUUUGAAAAACUACCAAAGGGAGAUCUCCAGUGGGGACUUAAAACUCCUGUGUGGUGUCAGAAGUACAGAAAAGUUUAGCAACAUUUUGUUAAGAAUGCAACAAAAGGAUGGUGUCACGUGUAGUGAAAUGAUUGACACGAAACAAUGCGAUGUGUGUAACUACGAUUCCAUUUUAAGUUGUUGCAAUAUGUGCAGAGUGGUCAUCAGCACCGUGGGUCCAUAUGCAAUAUACGGGUAUAAUAUUGUUAAGGCAUGUGUUGCAGGAAACUGCCACUACGUAGAUGUGUGUGGUGAGCACACGUUCAUGUUGAACAUAUACAAGGAAUUCAACGAGAUUGCGAAGAAGAAAAAGCUAAAAAUUAUUCACAGCGCCUCUUUCAUUUCAGCCAUUAGCGAUUUGGGAACAUUUAUAAUUCAAGAGGAGUUUUUAAAAAGGUACAAACAGCCAUGUCCAUAUAUUCGAAUAAGACUCUCUGCGGAAGGCAGUGAGUUUAGAACGGUGGGGAAAACGACCAUAAAAAGUUUUUUACAAUUCAAAAAGGACGUUAAAAAUGCCUACAAUGAACAUUACUUGUGUGAAAGUAAACAUGACAAAGUGGUGAAUGAUGAGGCGAGUUGUUAUUUACUAGAAAAGGAAAAAAAAGAAAAAUCAUUUUUCGACUAUGAGGAAGAAUUUGGAUAUUGUUUUGGUACAAAUUAUUCGAGAGCAGAAGAAGCCUACGUUUUGUGGUCAAAUUAUUUGCUUAAUUAUAGGUAUGGGAAAAAUUUGAUUGUGAGUUAUCAGCAUUAUGACGCACACUUGACGACCCCCAUGUACGUUUUGAGGAAAAUUUUUUCUACUGUGAAGAAUUUGUUUAGUAGCGUGGUGGCGCUUGCGCUGAGGCCGUUCGGCUUGGGAAAUUAUUUGGCGAACAAGUACGUGGACUGGUUGCACAAGCCGAAGACAGCGGCCGAGUUGAGGAAGGCCUUUUGGUCUUGCGCUGUGGUUGGGCAAUCCUGCGUGGGGGUAAGCAGUUCUUCGGAGGGUGCCCAACCGGAUAGCAGCAACCAGGAGCGGAAGAUCUUCCUCCACUUGAGCGGAAAGAAUGAAGACCCGGGAUAUCUCCUAAGCGCCAAAAUUAUUUCGGAAUCGGGGCUGUCAUUAUUGAAGUCUACUACGUUACCCGACACCUUUGGAGUCGUUUCCGUGUCCGUUGGCCUCGGCCAAGUGGUAGUGGAGCGGCUUCGAAAGGCCUCGCUCGACAUGCGCAUUGAGGUGUGA